AUGUGGACGCUCCUCGCACUCGGAUUCCUCGCGAGCCUUAUAUCGCAAGCCAUUUGUCAAAACGCUAUUCCCCCUUCGCAAGAUAUCUGGUAUACUCCGCCAAUCGACAUCGACAGUUACAAGCCGGGAGAGAUAAUUCGCACGCGCCAGGUCUCGAAUCGAUUGCAGUCAUUACUGUCUCUGCCGGUCGACGUCUCGGUCGAGUCGGUUCACCAGUAUAUGUUCCGCACGACUGAUAGUCUGGAUAAUGCAGCCGCCGCAGUGACUACCCUGAUGGUGCCGUUUAAUUCAGAUCCCAUGAAACUACUCGUCUACCAAACCGCCUACGACACCUCCAACGCGGACUGCAGUCCGUCAUAUACACUGCGGUACCGAUCUUCGCUGGACGGAACAACAUCAUUGAUCAACAGCACCGCACCAAGUGACAUGCCACUUCUAGCCGCAGCCCUCAACCAAGGCUGGUGGGUCCUCACAACCGACUACGAAGGCCUCGACGGCCACUACGUCGCAGGCGUCGAAUCCGGCCGCAGCACCCUCGACUCCGUCCGUGCUGCCCUCACCGAAGGUCAGAAAAUCGGCCUGUCGCCUGACGUCCGCUACGCGAUGGCCGGGUACUCAGGGGGCGCGCUGGCCUGCGGAUGGGCGGCCGAGUUACAGCCGUCAUACGCGCCGGAACUCGAGUUCGCAGGUGCCGCGUUAGGCGGGACCAUUGCGAACGUAAGUUCCGCGUUACGGCUCAUCCAUGAGAGUCCGUUCGUGGGGCUUGCGUUUCAGGGCAUUCACGGGUUGGGGAAGGCGUAUCCGAACUUGACGGAGUGGUUAGAUGAGAACUUGCUGCCCGAGAAGAAGGAGGAGUUUUAUUACAUUGCGAGGGCGUGUACGGUUGCGGAGACGGCGGAGAGGGCUAGGGGGCAGGAUAUUUUUUCGUUUUUUGAGGGAGGCGAGGAUGCGAUUAGCGAGGAUGUUCCGGCGUCGGUGCUAAUGUGGGCCGGGUUGAUGGGGGUGAAAGGGACGCCAAGAAUGCCCAUGUUGGUGUAUAAGGCUGUCAAGGAUGAGAUUAGUGCUGGGGAGGAUACGGACGAGUUGAUUGAUAAAUAUUGUGCGGAUGGGGCGACUAUUGAGUAUCAUCGGGACUUGGUGGGAGGGCAUAUCACGGAGGCGAUUACGGGGUCGGCGAGCGCGUUGAAUUGGUUAUCGGAGAGGUUGGAUGGGAAGAAGGUGCAACAUGAGGGAUCGUGCGUGAGACGGAAUGUGGUGCUCACGGAUCUGGAUAGAGGCACAAUUGCCUAUUUUGGGGAGGAGGUGUUUUCUUUGUUGAAAACGUUUCUAGGAGGAAUGCUGGGGAAGUAG